AUGGAUCAGCAGCGUUACAGUGUCGCAAGGGAAGCUGUGCACCGCAAUGUAUCAUCUAGGUCGGAGUCGUUGCUCGACCACCACGANNNNGACUUUUUCGGAAAAGUAUAUAAUCGCAUAGGGCUUAUGCGAUAG